AUGCAACAAACCGCCCUCAUCACAGGCGCCACCGGUCUUCUCGGGCGCCAAGUCCUAAACGCCUUCCAGCGAGACAGUGCCAAUUGGAAGGUUUUCGGCCAGGGUUUCUCCAGAGCGUCGGGAACGGCGGAUUCGGGGGUGGAAAUCGUCAAGGCGGAUCUGUUGGACGAAGGGAACAUUGUAGCGCUGCUGGAGCAGACGAAACCCAAUGUUGUUGUGCAUUGCGCCGCCAACCGCUUCCCAGAUAAAUGCGACCAAAACCCCGCCGCAGCCCGCAAGAUAAACGUAGCCGCCACCCAAUCCCUCGCACAGGCCACCUCCUCCCGCUCCAUCCUGCUCAUCUACAUCUCGACCGACUACGUCUUCCCCGGACGCCCCGGCGAAGCUCCCUACGCAGCCUCCGCGCAAACCGACCCGCCAAACAUCUACGGCGAGACAAAGCGCGAUGGCGAGGUAGCCGUGCUGGAGCAGACGCGCGAGUCCCGGCUGGGCGUGGUGCUGCGAGUCCCCGUCCUGUACGGGCCGGCUCAGCAGGCUAGCGAGAGCGCGGUGAACGUGCUUGUGGACGCGGUGUGGAAGGCGCAGGAUGCCGGGGCGGGGAUUAAGAUGGACGAUUGGGCGAUUCGAUACCCGACGCACACGGCGGAUGUGGGGAGGGUUUGUCGCGAUAUUGCUGUCAAGUAUCUUGCUGGGGCGGGGGCGGUGGGGGCGGGAGCGCCCAGUAACGACGGCGAGCUGAAGUCCCUACCUAGGAUUUUACAGUUCUCGUCCGAAGAUAGGAUGACCAAGUAUCAAAUCUGCCAGAAAUUGGCGGAGAUUUUGGGGCUGCCGUUGCCUGGUAUGAUUCCUGUGAGGGAAGGGCCGAAACCGGGCGAGGUGCAGAGGCCGUUUGAUACGCACUUGUCAACGGAGGAGUUAAAACGAAUUGGGAUUGAGGUUGGAACGCAGUCGUUUGAGGCAUGGUGGUAA